AUGAGUAAAAAGUCGAUAAUAUUAUCUCCAUUAAAACGACCGUCGACUCGUUCAUUAUCAUCAACUGCAAAACCUUCACAAGAAGAAGAUAAAUAUACAUUUCAAUCUGACGACGAAGAUCACAAUACAAAACCUACACUUGUACGUAAAUCGAAUACACCGAUUCUAUCCAAACGUCCACGUGGUCGUCCACCAAAAACUCCCAAACUCGAAGAAACUCCUAUACGUGCAUCAAUAUCUUCAUCCAAUAGUGAAGUAGAAGAAAAGAAACGUCCAGGCAAACGUUCAUACGAAAAACCAGUUACACGUCGUGCAUCACGUCUUGGCUCUCAAACCAACACACCUGUCAGUCAAAUUCGUGAAAAAAUAAAAAUAAAUUCAACUCCUCCAAUUAUCAUUACACCGAAAAAGCGUGGUCGAAAACCAAAAAUGCUUUCAACAACGUCUUCAACAUUAGAUGAACAACAAAAAAAUGAAACAGAAAAUGUUGUUCCAUCUCCAUCAAUAAAACGUCAAUAUAUUAAAAAGUCCAUGGAAGAUAAUACUAAUACAAAAGUUGAUGAUAAAGAUCUUAUGCAAUUCGGUUCGCCAGAACAAGACGAUUUUAGUGAUGAUUCAGUUGAUUUUGUGUGGAAAGGUUCAAGUAAAAUGUCCAUUGAAAUACUUAAACGUCGUAUCCCAAAAGAUGAAACACGUGAUCAAUAUUCAUCUUCAACAAUACAAUCAGAUCCAACGGCACAACGUAAACGUGCUAUUAUACCACGUUUAACGAAUUUUGAUGCUUUAUCAGGACAGCCAAUUGAUAAUUCAGCAGCAAAUAAUGAUACAAAUAAUAAUACUGAAGAACGUUCAACGAAAAAAAGUAGCUCUGUUAUUACAUUAAAUAAUGCAUUUCAAAAUGAUUUUGAUUAUUCAUAUAAUGAUAUGGGUACAAAAAUGAGUACAACAACAACAACAGGCGAAGAUGAUAAACCUCGUCCUCGUGUUUAUGCAGUUAAAAGUACGACACUGAAAUCACGUUUUCAACCACAACCUCAACAGCAGCAACAACAACAACAGCAGCAGCCAGAUAUAAAACGACCUAAAUGGAUGAGUGAUCAACAGGGCAAAGCUGAUGAAGAGGAAGAGGUAGAACAUUUGCCAACAACUACUGAAGAACCUACUGAUUAUGAUUAUGUACCCAAGGGUAAUUAUUUGCCAAAACGUCCAAAUUAUCGUGGACGUGGAACUUAUCCUGGCCGACGCGGAACAGGUAUGCGUGGACGACCACCAGGUUCAAGACGUCAUUGGAAUAAUGAUGAUGACGAUGAUGAUUAUGAUCAGUAUGAAGAUGCCAAUUCACGAUAUGGCCCAAGAAAACAAACUGCUUAUAGAUCAACAAGACCUAUGUAUGACAUGGCUGAUGAUGAGGAAUAUGAUAAAAAUCGUCGUAUGAGUUUAACACAAGCUUAUCGUCGUAAUAAUGAUGUCCGACAACCAAUUGGGAAUCGUCGUAUUGGAAUGAACAAUGGAAAUCAUCCAGUAUAUAAAGAUGAUGAUUAUUAUCAUCAUCAUCAACAACAACAACAACAGCACCACCAACAACAAUCACGUUCAACAACGACAACAACAAUGAAUCGUCUUCCAACAACGCAUACAACUUCGAUGAAUGCUGGUAAUACGUUUGUUGCAAAAAUAAAUGAUGCACAAUUAAGUGAUGGUGUUAAUCAAUCACAAAUAUUCUUUGUUAACAUGCCGCAACAAGAUCAAAAGAAUCAACAAGUUCUUUCUGUUCUUGCAUCUGAACAACAACAAGUUCUGCCAGUCGCUGUUGUUCAACAAGCGAAAGUUGAAAAUUCAUCAUCAUCAGCUAAUUCAGGAACAUCACAAAAUCAAACAUUAGCAUUUACAGUUAAGCUUCCUGUUGAUACACCGAAACAAAAGAAAAUCUUACCAAAGCCAUCAUCAACAAGUUCACAAGCCAAUUCAACAGCAUCCAACUCAGCAACAAACAAACCAUUUGCAUGGUCCCGUCCCCCAGGUCGUAUACAAAUAAAUAAUGAUGAUCAAAAUUCGGGUAAAGGUUUAACCAUAACACCAAUUAAUACAGAUUUAGAUACGAUGGAAGCCGCACAUGUUUUAGCAACAGCAGCCGAUGUCACAAUGGCCGCUGAUGCACGACGUAAAGCACAACAACAUGAUGAUGAUAUGAACAUGAUGAAUGAUGAAACACCAUCGAAUAUAGCUAACGAAGAAACUGUUCAAUGUGAAGAGGAUGGACAGAAAAAUCAAAUGCAACAAAUGGGCACAAUCACAGCUAAUAUUAUCGAUGAAAAUGGCGUUGAACAUACAGUUCUUCUAUCAACUGAAGAAGCACAGCAAUUGCUUGGUUCACAAGGAGCCAUUAUUGUCGAUGGGGAUGGUCAUCAAAUAUCAAUUCAACAAGCCCAAACUCAAACAUUUCUUUCUCCAUUUGCACUCGAUCAAGCACAAUUACAAGCAUUACUUGCUCAAGCUGGUAUCGAUCCAAAUACACCAUUGACAAUCGAACAGAUUGAUCCUAAUCAACAGCAACAACAAGUUGCGACUUUGUGUACAUCACCUGGUGGAACACAAUAUACAGUUCUUACACAAGGACAUCCUCAACAGCAACAACAAUUUAUUUUACAACAAGCCCUACCGGCCGAGCCUAUUGCACCACCUCCUCCUCCACCACCGCAACUCAUAGCUCCAAAAGAAGAUCCUUCGUCACCACCGAAACGUCGAGCAUUUGCGGUUAAAUCAACAAUGUCAACAGCAGCCGAAACAUUCGACGAUAUGAACGAAAGACCAAGACGCAAAAUCUUUGCAACUAAAUCAACUGUCACACCUAUUGAACAGAUGGAUGAUGAAGGUAUUACUGGUACUCGUGCAUAUCAUCGAAAAUAA